GGGGCGCGGGCCUCGGGGCGGGCGGCAUGGAGGAGCUGAGCAGCGUCGGCGAGCAGGUCUUCGCCGCCGAGUGCAUCCUGAGCAAGCGGCUCCGCAAGGGCAAGCUGGAGUACCUGGUCAAGUGGCGCGGCUGGUCCUCCAAACACAACAGCUGGGAGCCAGAGGAGAACAUCUUGGACCCGAGGCUGCUCCUGGCCUUCCAGAAGAAGGAGCACGAGAAGGAGGUGCAGAACCGGAAGAGAGGCAAGAGGCCCCGCGGCCGGCCCAGGAAGCACACGGCCAUGUCCUGCAGCCGCCGCUCCAAGCUCAAGGAACCCGAUGCUCCCUCGAAGUCCAAAUCCAGCAGCUCCUCCUCUUCCUCCACGUCCUCCUCCUCUUCCUCCGACGAAGAUGACGACAGCGACCUAGACGCCAAGCGGGGCCCCCGCGGCCGGGAGACGCACCCGGUGCCUCAGAAGAAGGCCCAGAUCCUGGUGGCCAAGCCCGAGCUGAAGGACCCGGUCCGGAAGAAGCGGGGACGGAAGCCGCUGCCCCCGGAGCAGAAGGCGGCGCGGAGGCCCGUGAGCCUGGCCAAGGUGCUGAAGACCGCGCGCAAGGACCUGGGGGGCCCUGCCGGCAAGCUCCCCCCUCCUCUCAGCGCCCCCGUGGCGGGCCUGGCGGCCCUGAAGGCCCACGCCAAAGAGGCCUGCGGCGGUCCCGGCGCCGUGGCCACCCCGGAGAACCUGGCCAGCCUGAUGAAGGGCAUGGCGGGCGGCCCCAGCCGCGGCAGCCUCAGCUGGCAGAGCUCCAUCGUGCACUACAUGAACCGCAUGAGCCAGAGCCAGGCGCAGGCCGCCAGCCGGCUGGCCCUCAAAGCCCAGGCCGCCGUCAAGUGCGGCCUGGGCCUGGACCUGAAGGUGAGGACGCAGAAAGGGGACCUGGGCCCGAGCCCCCCCGCCAACAAAGGCCCAAAGACCCCCGGGAGCGGGGCUGCCGAGCAGAAGGGCGGCGGGGCCGGGGGCGCCCCCUACACCCACGGCGGCGGCAAGGCCCCCGCGGGAGGCCCGGGCCCCCCGCCCGCACCCACCCAGGAGCUGAGCCUGCAGGUCUUAGACUUACAGAGCGUCAAGAACGGGGGCCCCGGGGUGGGCCUGCUGGCCCGCCACGCGCCCGCCGCCAAGCCGGGCUCGGCCCCCGUGGGCAAGGGCGCCGGAGGGGGCCCCGCGGGGCCGAGCGGCCCGGGCACGCCCGCAGACCUGGGCAAGGGCGAGAAGCCGGCCCCCCGGGCGGCCGCCCUGCCCGCGCCUUCUUCCGGCAAGAGGGACGGCGGGAAGGGCGGGGCCGCCCCCGGCUCCGGGCAGGAGGGCGGGGCCGCCCCGGGCGAGGCCCGCAAGGCCUCCUCCGCAGCCGCCGCCUUCGAGGUGAGCACGGGCGAGGAGAACAGCAGCUCCGACUCGGAGCAGGACUCGUCCUCUCUGCCCGGGACGGGGCAGAGCCUGUCCGUGUCCGUGCAGACCAGCCAGGACUGGAAACCCACCCGCAACCUCAUCGAGCACGUCUUCGUCACCGACGUCACCGCCAACCUCAUCACCGUCACCGUGAAGGAGUCCCCCACCAGCGUGGGCUUCUUCAACCUGAGGCAUUACUGAGCGCCCGCCCGCCCGCCCUCUCCCGGGCCGCGGAGCUGCCUCCUCACCAUGCUGGGCCCGAGGCCUCCCUGCUGAUUCUACCUCUUGGGGCCCCCACGUCCCCCCACCCCGCCUCUGGCAGGCAGUCGCCCCGCUGGCCCACGGGGCCCUUCCCUGCUCUGGUGUGGCCCGUCUCGCCCCACUGUCCCAGAGGAGGGUCAGUAGACUGGCUUCUAGUCCAGCCGGCGU